GCGGCCCGCAGGCGAGUUCCCGCCGGGGACUGUCGGCCGCAUCCCCGCCGGCACUGCGGUCACCGACCGUCCGUGAAUCCACCGGCACCGUGCAGAGAAAGAAGGAGUAAGCAGCAGCAAGAAUGUCUAAGAAGAAGAAGGGACAAAGCGCAGCCAGGAACAAGCCGGUGGGGAUGGAACAGGAGGUCCUGACAGCGACCACGGACCGAGUCGUCACCCUGCAGAAUGAGUAUGAUGAAAUUGUCAGAGAGCUUAAGCAGCUGAAGUUGAAGAUUUAUGACCUGCGGCAGGAGAAUGACUUCCUAGAGAAGGAAGCGCAGCAGACUCGGCUGGAGACCCAAGAAUACAUCCAGCAGAUGGCAAAGAGGUCAGAAAAAACGCAGAAUCAAAUCAUCAGCCUGAGCGACCAAAACCAGAGAAAACUGGACGAAAUCAGGAAAGCCAAGGAGAAAAUAUUGGCCGACUUUGAGUCUCAGAAACAAGAACUGAAAAUGACUCAAAUUGAGAAGGAAACUGAGCUGGUUCAGAUUAAUAAGGAGGUCAAGAGUCUGAGUGAAUAUAAAGAGCUGCGGGUGGUGCAACUGGCAAGGAUCCAAGAGCUGGACAAGCAGGUGAUGGAUGCACGGGCCUUGCACUCACAGAACCUGCACAACCUCAAGGUCAAGUUCAAUAAGGAGAAGACAGAGUACAAACAAAACGCCAAGAAGAUGGUGAAGCUGCUGGAGAAAGAAGCCAACAAGGAGGCGGUCUGCUGCCUGAUCCAGCACAUCGAAGCAAUCAAGAACGAGAACCAGGAGCUGCGGGAUGUCCUGGUGUGCCUGAUCCGUCGCUCGCGGGUCCUCCGAGAGCAGCAGGCAGAGCUGGAGGAACAGCAGAGCCAGCUGCUUCGGGAGAGGGAGUACUGCACCAAGCUGAGGGUGCUGAGGUACAGGAAGCAGCUCAGCGAGUACACCCAGCCGCAGAUCGAGGAGGUCAGGUCUGAUGAGCAGCCAAAGACUCGGGAGCAGGCAGAGACUCUGGUGCAGCCAGCGUCGGAAUCGGAGGAGAGGCCAAAGAAGCCCGUGGACAAGGGAGCGGGUGAUGGGAUGGAGGAGGAAGAGGCGCAGGACAAGUAGCUGGGCCGGGGCAGGGCCAGGCAACGACCCCAACAAGUGACAGCCCCUGGUGUCCCUGGGAGAAACCCUCCUUGUUCUAAGAGUUUUCAGGUUUUGCAGUACCUUCCGUGUCACACACAUCUUGUAUCUAUUUUUCACUCUCAAUAAAUA